AUGUCUGAUAUUGGGGAUGAGAUGGACGUUGACGUCCCCGUUGUCAGCAAAGAUGUGAUGUUUUCCUCUGAAGCCAAGCAAGGCAAGCGAAGUGCUGCCAAUCUGCCAGUUGAGGCUGAGGAUAGUCUCCCUUGGGUUGAAAAGUACCGCCCAAACACCCUCGACGACGUCUCGGGCCAUCAAGAUAUCCUCGCUACUAUCAACAAAUUCAUUGACCAGAAUCGUCUCCCUCAUCUACUCCUCUACGGUCCUCCAGGUACCGGAAAAACGUCGACAAUUCUGGCCCUUGCUCGUCGUAUCUACGGAGCUGCGAAUAUGCGCCAAAUGGUUCUCGAACUCAAUGCCUCAGAUGACCGUGGUAUUGAUGUAGUGCGGGAGCAGAUCAAGACAUUUGCUAGUACCAAACAGAUCUUCUCCUUGGGUGGUGCAUCUGCCCGCGCAGGCAACUCGAUGGCUGGAUUUAAGCUCAUUGUUCUGGAUGAGGCUGAUGCUAUGACGAGCACAGCCCAGAUGGCGCUACGACGGAUAAUGGAGAAGUACACCACUAACACACGAUUCUGUAUCAUUGCAAACUAUUCCCACAAGCUUAGCCCAGCACUUCUGAGUCGAUGCACACGGUUCCGCUUCAGUCCGCUGAAGGAGGGUGAUAUUAGGGUGCUGGUUGACAAGGUGGUGGAUGAGGAGCACGUUAGGAUUGGCGGAGAGGCGGUCGAUGCGUUGGUGAAGUUGAGCAAGGGUGAUAUGCGAAGAGCACUGAACGUUCUACAGGCCUGUCACGCAUCAAGCACACCAUUGCGAGCGAAGGAUGCACCUAAAGUGCCUGACAGCGAAAUUGAACGCGAAAACAUCACAACGGAGACUAUUUAUAACUGCAUUGCGGCACCCCCACCUGAUGCCAUUAAAGAGAUUGUGUCGACGCUGCUGAAGACAUCUGAUGUCACAAGUUGUCUAAACACUAUUAACGCUCUCAAGGUGUCGCGAGGUCUUGCGCUGGCGGAUAUCAUCACGGCGCUCUCCGAGGAGUUGGUGAAGCUAGAGGUUGGUCCCGAGGUGAUGAUCACCUGGCUGGAUGGUCUCGCCAACAUCGAGCAUAGAGUCGCCGGUGGAGGCAGUGAGUUGAUUCAGACUGGAGCAGUUGUUGGAGUUGUCCGAAACGGAGUUGAGUUGAUGAGCCGAUAA